GAGCGCGACCGCGAACGUUUUUCCAGGCAUUCCUCUCGCGCUUCAGUCGAUCUCGCUUUUCCGAGCAGCUCUACACGAGAUCAUUCUUUUCGGUCGGUGCAUUCGAUGCGCGUACCGCGAGCCGCCAGCGAUGAUUUGAUGGUGCCAGUGCGCACAUUGCGUUCAGCGUCUUGUCGAGUGACGCCCGGCCCGCCACAUCGCCUGCGCCGGCACCACUCGUCGGCGGCAGAAUGUGAGCGCGCGCGCCGCUCGCGGCGGCACACGCUUGAGCUGCCGGACAGUCGCGGGCCUAGCGUCCGCAGCCGUUCGCCAGAGCCGCAGCCGCUACCGCACCCCGAGCCCGAAGUGCUGCCCGAGGACGCCAGCAAGGAAGCUAGGAGAAAGCGCGUGGUUGCUGCCGUAGCCGCUUCCUUCUUCGCGCUCGCUCUAGCGUCGGUCCUCGUGGUGGUGGUGACACUGACCCACAGCUCAGUGUCCCGCACACACAACCAAACGGCCAAUUCGCCAGGAGAACGAGCGCAUGAUGCAAGACGUCCUGCAGGCGGGAGUGUUAAAUCGCACCCAGUCGUCGGCGGCAUUCCGCUGACGCCGCGCUACUCGCCGCGACCGCGGCUGGAUAAUGUUCGACCCGCCGCUGCGCCGCCGGAGGAGCCCCCGGACCACGCCGACCCCGACGACCCGCCUACCGCCGAAGCUCUCGUUGACACCCGCGCACCGCUUCACGCGGGUGCUCUUGGGCCGCCGGUGAGGGAAGCCCCUGAGGGCACCACGUGAGCCCCGGUGUCUGGCAACCUUAGUCUACCCAUCUCGGUGUCGCAGACAUGAACUAUGAACACACAGUCUGCCUAUAACCACCGAUCCUAGUCCGUUGCUGUGACACAUAUAUAUAUGUGAACUGAGAGAAUUUUCAUAGACUACAAAUUUUCGCUCGUGAAUUGAGUGACGAUGGAGAAGUUUAGGUAGAUAAUGUGAAAUUGUGUAUAAAUAGUAAAGAAUGAAAUGUUAUUUGUUGAAAUGUAACUUAAUAGAAAAUAAAAGACGCAGUGUCAAUAAUCAAUGAUAUAAUUAAGGUAUGAAAUGUCUAUUUACACUACAACUAUUUGAAAAGCUAAAGGAAGAAAUAUAAUUUGAAAAUUUAUACCAUUCCAUUCCAUAUAGUCCAAUUGGAUGCGAAAAUAACAUAAAUAAACGAAACAAUCACAAGUUGAUGAUCAACUAAUGAUGUUAGUCAAAUCCACGUCGCGCACUCAUCAAACUGUUUAAAAUGCCAUACAGGUAACGUUUGUACUUAACAAUCUGCUACCAAUUUUUGGUCACGGUUUACAGGAUAUUUAUAUGACGAAAACUAGAUAGGUAAAAUUUUUUAAUGAACCGCAACUUGACGCGGCAUUCGGAUAAUGUAAUCGGGAGCAAAACGUGUUAAUUCCCUUCGACCAAGUUAAAUUUCUUUCUUUAGUACUAUUGUAACUAGAUGUAUCGUAAUUAUCGACCUGUUGGUGCCAUAACAAGCACAAAGAAAUCAUGUAGAUGUAUUAUAGUGACACCGAAAAAAAUGGUGUUCGGUGUAACCACAUUGGAAUAGAUAAAAAUUACGAUGUGAGUUUUUGGAUCUUUAUGUUAUGACUUACCUAAUUUAAAAGAUUAAAUGCCCGUGAUUUUAUUACAUCUAUGUGCACUGUUGUUGAUAAAAAAAUGUUUUAUUGAAACACUUUUAAAGAUACUCUGGCAAAAUAUGACGCUUAACUUCAGUUUUGAUUUGUCUAAGUCCCACCGUAGCUGGUCUAUCUUCAGUCUUACUCCAUAAAUAGUACCUACACUAAAUAAUUCUAUCAACUAAAGCAUGUGGUUUUACGUUGUCGUGUGCAUCUCAUACAGUUACACGUUGUUUUUACAGUGGCAGUGUUAUUUACAAAGACCACUAACGAUGGGCCUUAGAGUUCUUCUUUAAUACCACUGAUGAUCUUAAUCUAGUCAAUGAGCUUUCAAACUGUGCUUAAGUACCUAUCUGUUAAAAAUAAGAGCUUUAUGUAUAGGUAGUAGUUGUUGUAGAUAUAGUAUCAGGCCAAGGUAACUUUUCGGGAAAAAAGCGUCGUGAAUGCCAUUUCUACAGACAAGAUAUCACGCAAAGAUAGACGUGUUAAAAACUACAGAAUUCGUUAUGCAAGGCUUAUUCCUUUUGGUCCGGUCCGAUUUUUCAGAAUUCACUGGAAGAGGCAUGACUAUUUAUAAAAAUGUGUUUCGAAGCGGAUCGUGAAUUUGCGACUUUUCCCUUCGCUAUAUACGUCAGCGCUGCAUCUUUGUUCAGCAUUUUUCUGUACAAUAAUUAUGCCUCGUGUUCUAAUGGUUCUGUCAUACCGCAGCAGACCACAAUAUCUGUCAGAUUAUGUAGGAUAUUUACAAAAGAAAUAAUGAAUGACUCUUUCAAAUGAUGCAAUUUUUUUCCCUCGUGUAGUUUAGAUAAUUUUGUUAACGGUAUCAAAUCAGUAUCCACCAACAUUAUGUACGGUUAUGGCAAGGGUUUUACAAAAAGGAAUAUUCUGAUCUAUGAUUUCAAUGCUUAAUAUUAUUUAAUAUACGGUUAUUUUUAUAUGAUUC